AAAAAAAAUUGUAAACUUUCUUCUUGUGUUUGACCCAACAACCGAAAUCGAAGAUUUCUCAUUUUCAACUUCUCUGAUCUGAUAUUGCCUCCUUCUUCUUUGUUUCUCUAUCACCAAAACAAUCUGUUCAAAGAGAAAAAAAAAACAGAGCAAAAGAUCAAAAAAACCUUAACACAAAUGCUCUCUUGUUCAAUUUCGAAAGCUUAAAACACUAAACCCAGAUGUCAAGUCUCACUCUUUGUCUUCUUCUUCUUCUUCUUCUUCUGGGUUUGUUUAUAAACCCUUGUGUGUCAGACUCGAGAGGAGAAACAGUGUCUCGGGUAUGCAGCAACAGAACAACGCCGCUACAACAGAGAACUCUCUUCGUCGGCACUUUCCUCGCCGCCAUGGACGCCGUCUCUCCACUUGUGGAAGCUCGAGGUUACGGCCAAGUGGUCAACAGGAACGUCACCGCGAACCAAACCGUCUACGCUUACGGAGAGUGUAUAAAGGAUCUUGAUAAGAAAGAUUGUGACUUGUGUUUCGCUCAGAUCAAAGCUAAGGUUCCUCUUUGCUUACCUUUCCAAAGAGGUACUCGUGGUGGUCAAGUCUUCUCUGAUGGUUGCUACAUCAGGUAUGAUGAUUACAGUUUCUUUAAUGAGACGGUAAGCUUGCAAGACGAGUCAAAAUGUGCUCCAAAGGAGAUAACCGGAGUUAACCGGACAGUGUUUCGGGCUAACGCUGCAGAGCUGGUGAGGAACAUGAGAGUGGAGGCGGUGAGAAAUGGUGGAUUCUAUGCUGGUUUUGUGAAUAGACAGAACGUGACGGUUCAUGGUCUGGCUCAGUGUUGGGAGACUCUUAAUCGUAGUGGGUGUGGUCAGUGUUUGAGUAAAGCUUCAGUGGGGAUUGGUUCUUGUUUGGUUAAUGAAGAAGGUCGAUUUCUUGGCGUUGGUUGUUAUUUGAGGUUUUCUACUCAGAAGUUUUAUAACAAUUCUGGAAAUUCUACAUCUGAUGGUAAUGGUGGUCAUAACCAUUUGGGUGUGAUUUUGGCGGUGACAUCUUCAGUGGUAGCUUUUGUUCUUUUGGUCUCUGCAGUUGGUUUCUUGUUUAAAAAGAGACACGCCAAGAAACAAAGAGAGAAGAAGCAACUAGGGUCAUUAUUCAUGCUUGCGAACAAAUCUAAUCUCUGUUUCUCCUAUGAGAAUCUCGAGAGAGCCACAGAUUAUUUUAGUGACAAAAACAAGCUAGGACAAGGAGGAUCUGGCUCUGUCUAUAAGGGUGUUCUUAGUAAUGGUAAGACUGUUGCAGUAAAGAGACUGUUCUUCAACACAAAGCAAUGGGUUGAUCAUUUCUUUAAUGAAGUUAAUCUAAUAAGCCAAGUUGAUCACAAGAACCUUGUUAAGCUCUUGGGAUGCAGCAUUACUGGACCUGAAAGCCUUCUGGUCUAUGAAUACAUUGCGAAUCAAAGCCUCCACGACUAUCUCUUUGUAAGAAAAGAUGUUCAACCGUUGAAUUGGGCGAAGAGAUUCAAGAUUUUACUUGGCACAGCUGAAGGAAUGGCGUAUCUUCACGAAGAGUCGAAUCUAAGAAUCAUACAUAGAGACAUUAAGCUGAGCAAUAUCCUUUUGGAAGAUGAUUUUACUCCAAGAAUUGCUGAUUUUGGAUUGGCUAGAUUGUUCCCGGAGGACAAGACUCAUAUUAGCACUGCCAUCGCCGGGACACUAGGCUACAUGGCGCCAGAGUAUGUGGUACGAGGAAAAUUGACUGAGAAAGCAGACGUUUACAGUUUCGGAGUUCUUAUGAUUGAAGUUAUAACCGGAAAACGUAACAAUGCCUUCGUACAAGAAGCUGGUUCGAUCUUACAAACGGUAUGGAGUCUGUACAGAACAAGCAAUGUGGAGGAGGCCGUGGAUCCAAUCUUAGGGGAUAACUUUGACAAGAUAGAAGCGUCACGGCUUCUUCAAAUCGGGCUGCUCUGCGUUCAAGCAGCCUUUGAUCAGCGGCCAGCAAUGUCUGCGGUUGUGAAAAUGAUGAAAGGGAGUUUAGAGAUUCUUACGCCGACUCAACCGCCGUUUCUGAAUCCAGGGAGUGUGGUAGAGAUGAGAAAAAUGAUGAUGACUCCCACGACGAAUCAGUCUAAUUCUUCAGGAUCGAGGAGUGACUACAUAACCGAGAGUUCAAGUUUCUUCGAACCUAGAUGAGGUUUUAGAUAGUUGAUACAUAUAUCAGAAUCUUGUAGAGUGGAUUCUGAAUCAUCUUGUGUCAUAUGUACAAAAAAAUGAGAUUUUACAAUUAAAUCGUGUGUAACUAAUUGAGUGUUAUUAUGUCUGUGCCACGACAAUGUUAUAGAAGCUAGGAACUGAACGACACUGUUAGAGGAGGUUGGAGUAUCGGUUUUCAUUUUAGUGAUUCGGUUUAUGAUUAAGUAGCUUUGUUUAUGAUCGAUUUACACGGUUAUGUGUUUUGUUUCUUGAGUUUUAUGAUACUGUUUUCUGUUUUAUACAAAA